AUGGCUAAUACGCUCUGCUGUCGAGGAUCUCUUAUUAGGAGUCUCUCGGGUGGCAGGCUCCAACUGGCUAAUCAGUUGCGACGGGAGCAAACGGUGAAUGAUAUCCUCAACCGCAAAUUACCUUCUCGGACCGCACUGAAUGCUGCUGCAUCGCCGCGCUCUAAUCGAAGCUCCUUAAAGUUACAUAGCACGCGUUGCGAGGCCGCAGAGAGAUUCAUUGGUUCCAGAUCGGAAGCGGGAGCAAAUCCACGGCUCUCCGUGUUCGGAUCACCCCGUCCUUCCAUCCUACUAAAUUCUUCUGCACACACCCCUCGGCACAUCGCCAAGGCGCGCAGGGGGUUUCUCUCCGAGCUGCAAUCAAUCAAAGACGAGGAAAACGUUGCGGGCCCCAUCUCGUAUGAGUCACCCCUGGACAUAGUGUUGUACCCGGACCCGCGCUUGAGGGCGCCCAACAAGCGAGUGAACGUCUUUGACGAGUCGCUGCAGAAGCUUGUAGCGGAGAUGUUCGAUGUCAUGUACAGGACGGAGGGCGUGGGGCUGUCAGCGCCACAGGUGGGGGUGAACGUGCGGCUGAUGGUGUACAACCCCGUGGGCGAGAGGGGCAAGGGCGUGGAGAUGGUGCUGGUGAAUCCGCGCAUUGUCAAGUACGCCAAGGCACGGGACGUCAUUGAGGAAGGCUGCCUCUCCUUCCCUAAGAUUUAUGCUGAUGUCGAGCGGCCAAUGGGUGUGAAGGUGGAUGCGCAGGAUAUUAACGGUCGGAAAUUUAGCAUCAGUCUGAAAGAAUGGCAGGCACGGAUAUUCCAACAUGAAUAUGAUCACCUGGAGGGGACCCUUUACUUUGAUCGAAUGACCCCGGAAGUUCUCGACACUAUUCGCAGCAAGCUCAUCGUAACCGGACUUGAUUCUCCUGCCAGUCCGCUAUCCCUCCGUAAGACAAUGGGUCCGGACGAGCGUCGCGUGGGAAAGCGCGACGACGAGGAGGCGGAGCGGCGAGGCGAGGAGGACCCUUGGGACGACGACGAGUCGAGCGACGAGGAGGAGGGCGACGAUCGGCGCAAGUGGAAGCGAAACAUGCCGUUGCUCUACGACUGGUUCGCUAACCACCACCUCGUCUGGCCGUCGCUCUCAUGCAGGUGGGGUCCGUUGGUGGAGGACCGAACGCAUAAGUACAAGCGACGCCUUUACCUCUCCGAGCAGACGGACGGCACAGUGCCCAACACCCUUGUGGUCUCCAACGCCUAUGUCGUCAAGCCUCGUGUCGCCGCUCCCAGGGACAUCUGCCGGUUCAAGUACGACCGGCGGUCGCCCUUCGUGCGCAAGUUCAAGACAAUCGUGCACCCAGGAGAGGUGAACCGCAUCCGAGAGCUCGUGCAGAACCGCAACAUCAUCUUCACACACACUGACAGCCCUGAUGUGCUCAUGUGGCACGUGGAACGGCACCCCUUCUGCACGCCUUCUUUCAACACGCCUGCUUCCACGCCCGACCUGAUCCUGGUGGGGCACACGGACGAUGCCGAGUUUGCAAUGGCGACCAGCCCGGUGGCUCCGCUGGUGAUCAGCGGCGGCAAGGACUGCAACGUGCUGCUCUGGAAUGUUGCUGACCACGUGACGUCGCUGCAGUCCUCUGCAGCUCUCCGCAAGCCGCACCCCGCCGCCAAGCCGAAAGCCAAGGCAGCUGCUGCUUCCUCUGUGCCUUCCCGCUCUGCCCCCUCGGCGCCUCUUUCUUCUCGCGCUCGUGCUGACUCCCCUGCUCGUAGCGGGGGUAGAGGCGGGGGCGGGGGUGGAGAUGGGGAAAGCACAGCAGGGGACGCUGAGAAGAAACGGAAGCGGGAGGAGGGUGUGGGGAAGGGAGAGGAAACGAAGGAAGGGGAGAAGGAGGAUGGCGGAGGGGAGGGGGAAAAGAGAGGUAGAGGAUUGGAAGGGAGCGGGAAGAAAGAGGAGAAAGAAGAGGAGGGAAAUGAGGGAGGGGAGGGCAAGCAGGGGGAGGCAAAGAGGGGGAAUGGGGAGAAGGAGGAGAAGCAGGAGGAAGGUAAAGUGGAGGAGGGAGAGAAGAAGGCAGUAAAGGAAGAGGAGGGGAAAGGGAAGGAGGAGGAUGGGGAAGAGAAGGAAGGGGAGGAGAAAGAAAAGGAGGGGGAUGGGGAAGAAAAGGAGGGGGAGGGGAAAGAGAAGGAAGAGGGUACGAUGGUAGAGGAGGAGUCCAAGGAGAAAGGCAAUGAAGACGAAGCAGAGGCAGAUGCCCACGCUGCAGGCAAGCCCACUGCUACAGCCCGAUCCUCCUCCCCUUCUCCUCCACUCAAGCUCGGAUCCGCCCCGAAAUCCUCCAGCCUGGCUCCCCGCGGGGUGUUCAAGGGGCACACAGCAACUGUGGAGGACGUCUGCUUCCACCCCUCGCACUCCCAGCAGUUCUGCUCUGUCGGCGACGACGGGAGGUUGCUGCUGUGGGAUGCAAGGACAGGGGGAGAGAAGGGGCCGUGCCAGAGAGUGGAGAAGGCUCAUGAGGCGGAUGUUCAUUGUGUGGACUGGAACGGGAGGAAUGAGCAUAUGGUGGUGACGGGGGGUGCGGAUAAGAGCGUGAGGUUGUUUGAUGUGAGGAAGCUGGGGGGAGGGCCGGUGGGGAAGGCCGAGGGGGAGGCGAGGGGGAAGGCGAAGGCUACGCAUGCGUUCCGUGGAGGGCACCAGGCAGCUGUGCUGUCCGUGCAGUGGUGUCCCGACAGCCCCACGGUGUUCGCCAGCUGUGCAGAGGACGGCCUUGUCAACAUCUGGGACUGCUCCCUGCUGCACGUGGAGGCGGUGAAGUCGUCUCGAGCUGACGGGGUGCCGCCCGGACUGCUCUUCCAACACGUGGGCCACCAGGAUCGAGUGAUUGAGUUCCAGUGGGCACCAAAGGACCCGUGGACAUUCGCAAGUGUGUCAAGCAACGUGAACAAGCGAAGGGGAGGAGGCACUCUACAGAUGUGGCGAGUUCUGGACCUCAUCUACCGCCCAGCUAAAGAUGUGGCUAUUGACCUUAACCGCGGCAUGGCGAUGAGUACGGACAUGGUGCUGCCGGGAACCGUGCUGCACACGGACCUCGCGCAGGAGCUCGCCUCGCGGGGGUUCGUCGACAAUCUCCGCCCGCCGAUGGCGGCGGCCGCGGAGCUGCUUAGCUCUGUCGGAAGAAGCGGAUAUGGCAGUAACGAGGAUGAUGACGUGGAGCUUUGGCUCGUGCAGAUGCCAGACGCCAAAAGUUUGGACCUCCGCGCGCUGGACGGCGCGCAACUGCAAGUCCAGGCGGGCGCACGGGGGGAAUCGGGGGCGCAGAGGGUGGAGGUGUGCCGGUUUGCGCCACCACGAGCAGCUGCCGCGGGGGGAAGCGCAACGGGGGGAAAGGGAUUUGUCUGGGGAGGCCAGCCAAUCACGGAGCUCGCACUCGUGUCGGACCCACUGCCCCGUGGAGGACUUGUUGCUGUUCUGCCUGGCUGUGACGGCCGCCCGCCCAUAGUGCGGCCAAUCACUCACUCCGUCACUUGUGUGUCUGCUGCUGCCGUACCGCAGCCUGAGUCCACUCCAACACCCCCUCAAGAAUCUUUGUCUGCCAAGAAGAAAGGCAAGCAAAAGAAGCUUGCUGAUAAAGCAGAAGUACCACCGGUAGGAGAGACGGCUGGCAAGUCUGAGUUCCUAACGCUGCGGGAGACUGCAGCUGCUCAUGUGGUGUCCAAACCCCAGGGGACGGAGGAGGAUCAUCAACGAUCACAGCAGCAAUCGCCGCAGCACUGGCGCCAUCGGUGGCAGAAGCAGGCGGAGCCUACUAUCAGCGACCCAUUUGAUCAUCUUAACCAGGGGGUUUUACCCCAGACUUUAUCCACCAGUCCCUUGUCACCCUCUCCCAGCCCCCUCGCCUCUCCCCCCUGGUCCGCCAAGCCACCACAUUCCCCCAAGCCAGGCGCACAUGUAACCUCGCCGCCGUCACACACCAACCAUGCCAUUAAGCGUGCCACAAGUAAUACUCAAGAACAUCACGCCACAGAUGGUGCGCGGGGUGGGGUGCAGCAGCAGCAGCAAGACGUGAAGUACCCGCCAUGUGUUUCGGAAUCCGUGGUGAAUCAGAAGCAGCAGCGGGCACGGUCGCCUCAGCUGGGAUUCAGGUUCUUCUCCAAGCACAAGAGCUCUGACAGCCGCAGUAGUGGCGGUGGUGGUGCUGGUUGCGGUGCUGAUGGUGGUGGUGGCGACUGUGGUGCGGUUAGCAGCAGUGGUAGCGCUGCGAAUGACAUUUCCAACAGCUUGUAUGGGACCAGUGCUGACACUGCAGCGGAGCAUUGCAGGCAGUCUGUGGGUUCGCCUCAGUCUGGUGGUGACUUGGCGACGCUGGCUGCUGCCUGUGGAACCACCAUUGACACACGUAGCUGGAGGGAGCAGCAGCAGCAGCAGCAGCAGCAGCAGCAGCAGCAGCAGCGGCGGCGGCAGAUUCAGCAGGAGGUGACACGCGAGGGUGAGGCUACCACAGGACAGCCAUCUCCUCCCAAUCCACUCUCCCCUCUGAGCGAUGGCUCCUCUGACUCCGACACUUCCUCUCCUCCACAUGCGCUGGGCCGGAGCGUGACAGAACCCUGUAAACACAAGUCAACGCUUUCACCAACCUCAGCCAUACAGGGCACGGACAGAGAAGCAGAGGGGGUUGAGGACGCUGAGGAGGGCGAGCGAGGGCAAGAGGAGGGGGCGGGGAAAGGAUUAGGGGCUGGGGUGGUGCGGCUGCAUUCGAAAAUCUCUAAGGCAGUGGACAAGAGAAUGUCGGCUCGUGGGGGUGAAGCUGGAUUUACUUUCAUGCGAGGCUUGAAUGGGAGGCGCAGAGAGAGAAGAGGUGGUUCUUGUGCUUCCUCUUUGGUUCUGGGCAAAGGAGAAGGCGAGGGAGGAGUAGUUGGAGCAGGAGGAGGAGGAGGAGGAGGAGGGGGAGGAGGAGGAGGAGGAGGAGGAGGAGGGGGAGGAGCAGGGGGGCUGCGUUUCCUUCCGCCUGGCAUGGCCCGGAACCAUAGUGUACCGGUCGGCGCUGGCGAAUAUGCACGCCCUCCCAAGGUGGAUAAGGUCGUCUACGGCCCACCUGUGCGUGUCCCGAUCGAUCCCAGUCGUCCAAUCGCCCUGUCGAUCCGUCCACGCCCUCGAUUUGGGGCCCUGCCUCAAGGCACACCCCUUGGCAGCCGAACAUGCCUGCUGGUAACCCUAGAUUCGGCGAUUUUCUUGGUUACAGAUGAUGGGAUCAGGGUGUGGGAUAUCCAACAUGUGAUGACUCCCGAUGGGGCUUCGGGAUUGGGAAACCCAAGGGGGGAUGAAGAGGCAGCAGCGUUCUUCUGGGUGCCAUUCGGGGCAGGUGUAUCUGCAGCCAAGAGCAUUGCAGCAGACAUCAAGGGACGGAUGGUUUUCACCGGGCACAGGGAUGGAAGAGUGCUGGUGUGGAAAAUGCGGGAGAGGGGAGCCGAGAGAGAGGGUGCGGCAGAGAGCGAAGGAGCAGCACAGGCACAGGGUAGUAGCAGCAGCAGGGGGGCGGGAGGAGGAUGGGUAAAAGCCAGCGGGGGAGCAGCGAUAGGCAAGGACGACUCCAGCGUUGGGGGAGGGGAGAAGGAGCCUGGAUGGAAAGUAUGGGCAGAACUCGUGGCAGAGUGGCAGGCACACACCACCACUGUGACAGCCCUAGUAGUCACUUCUUACGGCGAGCUCUGGUCUGCAGGGGACAGGGGCGUGAUCAAGGCGUGGCCGUGGCCCAGCCUAUGCAGCGAGCUCUCCCGAGCCUCAUCCUCGCCCAGCCCAGCGCCCAUGCCGUCCGCUGUUCCUCUUAACAGCACUGCUCCCCUCCGUGCUCCUUGUGUGAUAUGUCCUGCCUCCGUGCCUGUGCUCCUGCACGCGCCCGCAGCUGCCUCGUCUAACGGCCAGCUGCCACGGAACCGAGUUGCAGUGGCGUCUUCCUCAGCUGCUGCUACUGAUGGUGAUGGUGAUGGUGAUGAUUCUGGAGCAGCUGGUGGGACAGGAGAAAAGACUCCUGAAACUGCAACAGAAAGAAGCGGCAAUGGCAAUGGCAGUGGGAGUGGGAGUGUAGCUGCUGUACCAUUGGGUAUUGGUGGGGGAGGCAGUGGCAGCAGUGCUGCUGCUGGGACCGGUGGUGAGAGCGAGGGUGGCAGUGGGGGCGUGGCGUAUGGAGUGACCUCUGUGCGGCGAUUGGUGUCAGACCCGGCAACGGGGCAGGUGUGGAGCAUUGGGGCUGCUUCCAUCUCCAUCUGGGAUGCGAGGAAACGAGCGCUGGCGUGUCAUGUGAAGGUGAAGGACGAGGAGAGAGCAGCCGCGGAUACCUCCUCUGGCCCUGUUGCCUCUGGAGCCAACAGUGCUACAGCCGCUACAUCCGCUACAGCCAGCAGCGCCACUGCCCCUGCCAACAGUGCUACUGGCGUCGCUAGUGCCACCAAUGGUGGUGCAUCUAUCGCUUCUAGUGUAUCUAUUGGUUCAGCCCCGACUGCCAGCGGCAAUGCUGAAGCACCAGUGGUGGCAGCAGCGCCACCACCGGGUGAAGACGAGCCCUUGUCUUCCUCCUCUUCCUCCUCUGCCUCCUCCUACUCCUCCUCCUCCUCCCGCCCCCCCAAGCGCAAGCUACACGCGGUGGCGCCAGCUGGCGACGGCACGGUGUGGAUCGGGCACGGGUCGGGCAUGCUGAGGCAGUACGACUGGGCGGGCGGCAGACUGCAGGAGGUGGUGAUGGAGGCCGGCGUGUGUUGUCUCUGUGUGGUGGGGCUGCGGCUAUGGGUGGGCACAGCGGAUGGGAGCAUCACAGUGCUGCAUGUGCGCACUGGGAGGGUGAUCGGGGCAUGGCAGGCUCACUCUCCCCCACCAUGCUCCAAGGCAGCAGCUAAGGCCGCACGAGCAGCAGCAGCAGCAGCAGCAGCAUUCCCUUCCCCUUCAAUUGGAACCGCAUCAGACCUGUCUCAACCUUUGGAUGAUUCAACCCUCUCCUCCCAGGCUUCAACAGCGGCAGCGGCAGCAGCGGCGACACCAGCAGCGAUCCGGCAGCUGGCGCGGUGUAGCAGCUUCAUAGUGUGUGUGUCCCGCACGGGGCAGGUGAGUGCGUGGCUGGCGGCUAUCCCAGGCCCGGUGGACCCGGCACUCCGUGCCACCCUCUCCUCCUCCUCCGCUCUCUUUACAUCUCGGCAGAGGUUCCGCCUUGCUGCGUGCACGUGGAACGUCGGGGAGGAGAGAGCGGUGCAGAGGAGUGUGGAGGCGUGGCUGGGGGAGGUGGCAGGAGGGGGGCCAGAGAGGGAAGGAGCAGAUGGAGCAGACCGGGCGGGGAGAACGAGUGUGGGGAAUAGGGCUGGGGAAGCAGUGGAUGUGGGGAAUGGGGCAGGGGGGGGAGCGGAUAUAGUGGCAGUGGGGUUGCAGGAAGUGGAGAUGAACGCGGGGGCGAUAGCCAUAGCAGCAGCCAAGGAGUCGGUGCGUCUGGGCCUGCAGGAACGGGGUUCGGCGCUGGGGGCGCACUGGGUUGCGACGAUUGGCGCUGCUCUGGCGUCCAGAGGGGCGUUCGUGCGGAUCGUGUCGAGACAGAUGGCGGGGAUUCUCAUCACUGUGUGGGCGAGGGCAUCGUUUGCCCAUCUCAUUCGGGACGUGGAGGUGGGGGCUGUGCCUCGGGGGUUUGGCCGCACAUUGGGCAACAAGCAUAUCUCGCACUUCAGCAAACUUGGGAGAAAGUGUGUUAUGGAGGAAAAUUGGAGAAAACUUGGUUGGAACUUGGAAGGAUAUUUUUUUUACCUUCAUGCCUACUCCCAUGUGCCUACUCCCAUGUGCCUACUCCCAUGUGCCUACUCCCAUGUGCCUACUCCCAUGUGCCUACUCCCAUGUGCCUACUCCCAUGUGCCUACUCCCAUGUGCCUACUCCCAUGUGCCUACUCCCAUGUGCCUACUCCCAUGUGCCUACUCCCAUGUGCCUACUCCCAUGUGCCUACUCCCAUGUGCCUACUCCCAUGUGCCUACUCCCAUGUGCCUACUCCCAUGUGCCUACUCCCAUGUGCCUACUCCCAUGUGCCUACUCCCAUGUGCCUACUCCCAUGUGCCUACUCCCAUGUGCCUACUCCCAUGUGCCUACUCCCAUGUGCCUACUCCCAUGUGCCUACUCCCAUGUGCCUACUCGCAUGUGCCUACUCCCAUGUGCCUACUCCCAUGUGCCUACUCCCAUGUGCCUACUCCCAUGUGCCUACUCCCAUGUGCCUACUCCCAUGCGCCUACUCCCAUGUGCCUACUCCCAUGUGCCUACUCCCAUGUGCCUACUCCCAUGUGCCUACUCCCAUGUGCCUACUCCCAUGUGCCUACUCCCAUGUGCCUACUCCCAUGUGCCUACUCCCAUGUGCCUACUCCCAUGUGCCUACUCCCAUGUGCCUACUCCCAUGUGCCUACUCCCAUGUGCCUGCUCCCAUGUGCCUACUCCCAUGUGCCUACUCCCAUGUGCCUACUCCCAUGUGCCUACUCCCACGUGCCUACUCCCACGUGCCUACUCCCACGUGCCUACUCCCACGUGCCUACUCCCAUGUGCCUACUCCCAUGUGCCUACUCCCAUGUGCCUACUCCCAUGUGCCUACACCAUGUGCCUACACCAUGUGCCUACUCCCAUGUGCCUACGCCCAUGUGCCUACUCCCAUGUGCCUACUCCCAUGUGCCUACUCCCAUGUGCCUACUCCCAUGUGCCUACUCCCAUGUGCCUACUCCCAUGUGCCUACUCCCAUGUGCCUACUCCCAUGUGCCUACCCCAUGUGCCUACCCCAGGUGCCUACCCCAUGUGCCUACUCCCAUGUGCCUACCCCAUGUGCCUACCCCAUGUGCCUACUCCCAUGUGCCUACUCCCAUGUGCCUACUCCCAUGUGCCUACCCCAUGUGCCUACCCCAUGUGCCUACCCCAUGUGCCUACCCCAUGUGCCUACUCCAUGUGCCUACUCCCAUGUGCCUACCCCAUGUGCCUACCCCAUGUGCCUACUCCCAUGUGCCUACUCCCAUGUGCCUACUCCCAUGUGCCUACCCCAUGUGCCUACUCCCAUGUGCCUACCCCAUGUGCCUACUCCCAUGUGCCUACCCCAUGUGCCUACCCCAUGUGCCUACUCCCAUGUGCCUACUCCCAUGUGCCUACCCCAUGUGCCUACUCCCAUGUGCCUACCCCAUGUGCCUACUCCCAUGUGCCUACUCCCAUGUGCCUACCCCAUGUGCCUACUCCCAUGUGCCUACUCCCAUGUGCCUACUCCCAUGUGCCUACUCCCAUGUGCCUACCCCAUGUGCCUACCCCAUGUGCCUACCCCAUGUGCCUACCCCAUGUGCCUACCCCAUGUGCCUACUCCCAUGUGCCUACCCCAUGUGCCUACCCCAUGUGCCUACUCCAUGUGCCUACGCCCAUGUGCCUACCCCAUGUGCCUACCCCAUGUGCCUACUCCCAUGUGCCUACUCCCAUGUGCCUACCCCAUGUGCCUACCCCAUGUGCCUACCCCAUGUGCCUACUCCAUGUGCCUACGCCCAUGUGCCUACCCCAUGUGCCUACCCCAUGUGCCUACCCCAUGUGCCUACUCCCAUGUGCCUACCCCAUGUGCCUACCCCAUGUUCCUACUCCAUGUGCCUACUCCCAUGUGCCUACCCCAUGUGCCUACCCCAUGUGCCUACCCCAUGUGCCUACUCCCAUGUGCCUACUCCCAUGUGCCUACCCCAUGUGCCUACUCCCAUGUGCCUACCCCAUGUGCCUACCCCAUGUGCCUACCCCAUGUGCCUACUCCAUGUGCCUACGCCCAUGUGCCUACCCCAUGUGCCUACCCCAUGUGCCUACUCCCAUGUGCCUACUCCCAUGUGCCUACCCCAUGUGCCUACCCCAUGUGCCUACCCCAUGUGCCUACUCCAUGUGCCUACUCCCAUGUGCCUACCCCAUGUGCCUACCCCAUGUGCCUACCCCAUGUGCCUACUCCCAUGUGCCUACUCCCAUGUGCCUACUCCCAUGUGCCUACCCCAUGUGCCUACUCCCAUGUGCCUACUCCCAUGUGCCUACUCCCAUGUGCCUACCCCAUGUGCCUACUCCCAUGUGCCUACCCCAUGUGCCUACCCCAUGUGCCUACUCCCAUGUGCCUACUCCCAUGUGCCUACUCCCAUGUCCCUACCCCAUGUGCCUACCCCAUGUGCCUACCCCAUGUGCCUACCCCAUGUGCCUACCCCAUGUGCCUACUCCCAUGUGCCUACCCCAUGUGCCUACCCCAUGUGCCUACCCCAUGUGCCUACUCCAUGUGCCUACUCCCAUGUGCCUACCCCAUGUGCCUACCCCAUGUGCCUACUCCCAUGUGCCUACUCCCAUGUGCCUACCCCAUGUGCCUACCCCAUGUGCCUACCCCAUGUGCCUACUCCAUGUGCCUACUCCCAUGUGCCUACCCCAUGUGCCUACCCCAUGUGCCUACCCCAUGUGCCUACCCCAUGUGCCUACCCCAUGUAGACGACUGGCGCCACACACAUGACAUAACCCCCACUAUACUGCAUACCGUUACCCGCCCCCCUUGCUCUGCCCCCCAGGGAGCGGUGGCAGUGCGCAUGAGUGUGUGUGGGCGCAGCGUGGCGGUCAUCAGCUGCCAUCUCGCAGCGCACAUGGAGGGCGUGGCGAAGCGCAACGAGGACUGGCGCCGCAUCUACCGCCACCUCUCCUUCUACCGCCCCCAAACCACCCUCGCGGCUGCCUCUUCCGCUGCUAAAGCUGCUGGUGGCGGCUUGAAAGGUGGGGGCGCAUUCGGGAGUGGGCGGCACACUGGGGAGUCAGUGGGCGGGAGAUUCGAUUGGUCGGACGAUGCCACGUCAUGGAUGGACGAUCUGGUCAUUGGCCGGGACGGGGAGGAGGACCUGGAGGAAAUGAAGACCCCAGAGUUAGCAGAGGCGGAUUUGCUGGUGUGGAUGGGCGACCUCAACUACCGAGUGGAGGGUGUGUCACACGAGCAAGCACGGCAUCAGGUGGCGGCCCGCAACCUGCCUGCCCUGCUGGCGGGCGACCAGCUGCGCCGGGAGAUGGCGUGCGGGCGGGCGUUCCGAGGCAUGGAGGAGGGGCUCAUCGCCUUCCCCCCCACCUACAAGUUUGACCGUGGCACCCCCGAUCCCCUGGCAUAUGACUCGGGGGAGAAGCGCCGUGUGCCUGCUUGGUGCGACCGAGUGCUCUUCCGUGACAGCUUCACUCCAAGCCUGCCGCCCACGCUGCCGCCCAUACUCGCGCCUUCUCUACCUCUGUCUCUCUCCUUGCCCGCUCCUCCAAACAACCCCAGCCAGCCUCUAGAGAUCGAGCAGCAGGAGUGCACACUCGCGCAGCCAGUGAAGGCGCAUGUACUGCGCUAUGAUGCAUGCAUGGAGGCCAUUCAGAGCGACCACAAGCCAGUCCGAUGCCUCUUAGACGUCUCCGUUGCUUCUGUCGAUCUGCCCGCCACAAGGUGCCUGCUCGGGCGGCUUCUUACUCUCAGCUCCCAGGUCCGGGCAGCCCUGCAGAAUUCGCACCACCUGCCUGACGUGCCAGCUGCCGGCACGUGUGUGGAUGUGGAUCCUUCGACACGGCAGGCUUCGGUGAUUGUCAUGAAUCGGAACGAAAGUGACUCUAUGGGCGGCGGCCGCGGGCGAGGGGAUUGGCAGAGGAGGCAGAUGGUGCGGGCAGGUGGUGGAUUUCCUCUCUGGCUCAAGGUGCUACCUGGGGCAGGCAUUCUCAUUGCGGGCGGCAGCAUGACCAUCAACUUCUGUGUGUCCACUUCCCAUGCUGCACCACCUGAUUCUCCUGCUGCCACGGAGCACACAGAGAAGAAAGGGCACACAGGGCACACAGAGCAGCAUGAGCAGCAAGAGCCACGUAGCGGCCUACUGUUACAGCUACUGGAGGUGAAUCCUGUGAGAAGGACUGAUGAGGCGACAGAGGUGGGACAGGAACAGCAGCCGUGGUGGCAGCGCAUCGCCAUGACUGCGCGCAUCUCGCGCAUCCCCGCAUUCGGCGACUGGGCUCUCGACGACCACGAUGACAGCCAGGGCGACGCGUCGGAGCGUCGAUUAAAGUACACUCACGAGUUCGCGCUCCUCCGCCAGAAGCCCCGCGGGCCUCCCUCCCCGCACUCCCUACUUCUGGACGCCGCCUCUUUCGACUCCGCCACCCCUUCCCUCUCCCCUUUGUCCUCCACACCUUCCGCCGCCUCCGCCUCCUCCGCCGCGUCUGACGCUUCCGUCGUUUCCGCCUCUUCCUUUGUCACAGCAUCUCGGCAUUCCCGAGGUUCGAGCAGCGAUCGAAAUGGUGACGACAAGAGCCUUCCUGCGACUACGAGAGACACGAUCACAGGGAUCCGCGAUGACGUGGACAGAAUCCUGGCGUCCACCUCCUCCCUCCAAGCUUCCGAUUCCGGUGCCGACUCCGCGGACGCGUUGAUCGCCGCCAACGAUGCCGACGAUCCGAGCUCGUUUGCGGGACAUCGCGCUGCCGAAUGCGCGUCGCCGCCUCAUCGCCAUGAUGACGAUCACAGCGGACACGACUCCCCGUCUUUCGACUCCCCUCCCCUUCCGCGGUAUUCCUUCACCUUUCACGCGCCGGCGGUUCCUGGGGCGCUUUGCGCUUCAGGCGCCCCCUGCGCCGAUGCUUUCGCCCCAGGCGCAACCAGCGGCGAAGCCUCCCCAGGCGAGGCGGCGGAGCGGGUCCGGCAGCGGCUGCGCAACUCGCGCAGCCUCCGCAUUUCCGUCUCGCGCCAGCUCAUGGACAGCAGCAACAGCGCGCCCUCCUCCCCCGUGCGCGCAUCCGGCGCAUUCGGUUCCCCCUUCGGCUCCCCCUCCGCAUUCCCCUGUGAAGGUGGCGGCGCAUCCGCGACCCCUGGGCGGAGAGGGUCGCGCGCGCAGGACGCGGCGGCGGCGGAUAGAUGUUGGGAUGACUCGUCAGUGCUGGCGCUAUUAGAACACAGCCGGCUGUGCCGCCAGGAGGUGGUUCAGCUGCUCGGGCUGUGCCAGCCUGGCCUCGCCCCGCUUGCGCCGUCGGCGCAACCUGCGCCAGUCGCGCCAGUUGCCGAAGUUGCGGAGGUCUCCGCGGUCGCUCCAACCGCGCCAGCUGCGCCGCGCGCGCCUGGUGCGCCAGCGGUGUCGAGUGCGGGGCUCCUGAAGGAAACCAGCGGGGGUGGACGUCAGGCGGAAGCCUCUGGAGGGGCGCACACAGCAGCUGGUAGUACAGGUGAAGCGCGGUUCAAGAUCGAGACAGCGUGCGCUGAGAGCAGAGCAGAGCCGGUCAGCAGCUCACCAUGUGCGAGUGCAUGCCCUGCUGGCAUAACAGCGCUGCAUGCCCACCCUGACAGCGCCAUGGCACAUAGGACUGAGACUGAUGCCGGGAAGAAUGACAAGUCGCUGACUGGAAGUGCGGGCGGAAAUGCAGGUGGCAGUGUGGCCGGAAGUGCGGGUGGAGGUAUAGUUUCUUGCUGCCCUGGUACGGGGGGUAUGGACGGAAUGGGCAGAGCAGCAUUGCGCAUCGCAGCAGCCCCACGUGCUCCGUGCAGUGUUGCUCCCUCACAGCCACGGGGCAGGGCUGUCCCCCCCACCAUGUCAUCCGCGCUAAAGUACAAUGCGGGUGCGGAGGAUAAGGGGUUUAGCGUGAUUAAAGGCCUACAGUGGAUUGGCGUUCGGGCGGACGAUAUGGAUUUUAUUCUCAAAGAGUUGGCAGAGGCAGCCAUGGGAGGAGGGGAGGAGGUGGCAGGGUUUGAUGAGUUUGCGGGAGAGGAGACUGAGGACGAUGGAGGGAGAUUAUCGGAGAGUGAUUAUGUCAGUGAGGAGACUAGUGAUUGUGACUGCAGUGAAGCGGAGAGACAGGACAAUGAGUUGAUAGCAGUGCUGAGGAGAGUUCAGGGCAGGGAAUGGUGGGGUGGAACCUGUGCGGGCGGUGGACAUGAAGAAGUUGGUCAGCAUUGGUUGAGACGAACUCAAAGCAAAACCAAGGCUGUUUUCCGUAAGCUGCGGUAUCUGGUUUUGGGCAGGCCAUCUCAAGUAGCGCCCCUCUUAGGUAGGUAUCCAAUGGGCGCUUGCGCGGGAAAAGAGGCCCCGCGAACGUCCGAUCGUUCAGAUUACGUAGCGCAGACUCCACAGCAGCAGCAGCAGCAGCAACAACAACAGCAGCAGCACCAGCAGCAGCAACAGCAGCAGCAACAGCAGCAGCAGCAGCAGAAGCCGCCUCCGCCUAGCAAUGUCGCACCUCACCAAAACUCCUCGGCAGCAUCCGCGGUUACAGCGGUUCCAAACCAAUCCGACGGUCCUCCCGCGCAGCCGCGAAACGACGUCGUUCUUCACAACCCUUUUCCCGAAAUGGUAGACCGAUCCAUUGCAGAGUUCUUCGUGUUAGGCAGAGAGCUAGGGCGCGGCGAGUUCGGAGUGACGUGUCUCGCGACCAGCAAGGCGACCGGCGAGCAGGUGGCCGUUAAGUCUAUCCCUAAGCGGAAAUUAAAGACGGCCGUGGAUAUCGAGGAUGUGCGGAGGGAGGUCGCGAUUAUGCACCAUUUACCGCCGCACCCUAACAUCGUGGGGCUUAAAGGGGUAUUUGAGGACCGGCACGCGGUUCACAUUGUUCAGGAGCUGUGCGAAGGCGGGGAGCUGUUCGAGCGGAUUAUAGCGAGGGGACAUUAUAGCGAGCGAGCGGCGGCUGUUAUCACACGGACUAUUGUGGAGGUCGUGCAGGUGUGCCACAAGCACGGGGUGAUGCACCGGGACUUAAAGCCCGAGAACUUCCUGUUCGCGAACAACCAGGAGGACGCGGCGUUGCGAGCCAUCGACUUUGGGCUGUCCAUCAUGUUCAAGCCGGGCGAGACGCUGAGCGAGAUUGUGGGCAGCCCGUACUACAUGGCGCCCGAGGUGCUAAGGAAGAACUACGGGCCCCUGGCGGACGUGUGGAGCGCGGGCGUCAUUCUCUACAUCCUGCUCUGCGGCGUGCCCCCCUUCUGGGCAGAGACGGAGCAAGGAGUGGCGCAGGCGGUGCUGCGGUCGCAGGUGGACCUGAAGCGGGACCCAUGGCCCAAGGUGUCGGACGGGGCCAAGCACCUCGUCAUGCUCAUGCUGCAGCCCGACACCUCCAAACGCCCCACUGCCCAGCAAGUCCUUCAGCACCCGUGGCUGAGGGACGCCAACGAGGCGCCAGACACGCCACUGGGAGUGGAGGUGCUGUCGCGCAUGCAGUCGUUCCAGGCUAUGAACAAGCUCAAGAAGAAGGCUCUCAAGGUGAUCGCGGACCAGCUAUCCUCAGCGGAGGAGCUGCAGGGCCUACAGGAGGUGUUCAAGAUCAUUGAUGAGAACGGCGACGGCACGCUCACCCUCGAGGAGCUCCGCAACGGCCUCCGCCGCAUCGGCUCGCCGCUCUCCGAUGCUGAAGUGCAGGCGCUCAUGGACGCGGCGGACAUUGAUGGCAAUGGUGAAAUCGACUACAGCGAGUUUGUGGCGGCAACGAUGCAUCUGCAGCGCGUGGACAACGAGAAGAACCUGCAGGCGGCGUUUGACUUCUUUGACUCGGACCGCAGCGGGUUCAUUGACAUUGAAGAGCUGGCUGAUGCACUGGGCGCGGACCUCACUUCGCUCAAGGAGAUUCUGGCUGAAGUCGACACCAACAAUGAUGGCAAGAUCAGUUUUGAUGAGUUCAAGGUGAUGAUGCGCAAGGGCACGGACCUGAGGGGUAGUCUGCGCCACUUCUCUAAGAGCCGCUCCUCCCUGCGCGCCCUGCUCAAGCUCAGUGAAAUCGACUUGGCUGGAGGCCCCACCGAUGGCACCCCCGCUAAUUCUUGA